AUGGCUGAGAAGCAAAGUUUACCAGUUGUCCACUCUAUGGGUGCCUAUCCAUUCACCCUCUUCGAGUGGUUGAGUGUUAUAGCUAUCAUGGCCUUGUGCGCACCUAUCAUCUUAACGGGUGUAGCUUUAUGCUGGGUCGUCCUCAAACUUCAAGGGCCACUUUUCGAUAUGGGUUAUCCUUACAACCUCAAGCCGGUGAGGGCUACUCGUCGGGAGUAUGCUGUUGUUACUGGUGCGUCCAAAGGUUUGGGCCAUCAAAUCGCGAUGAAGUUAGCAAAGGCAGGUUGGAGUCUUGUGAUCUCCGCCCGUAGCGAGAAGUUGUUAAACGAGUUGAAGGAUACUCUGGUGAAGACCUACGGUCCGAGUUGCAAGGUUGUCGUCGUCGCCUGUGAUCUGUCCUGUGACGAGGGUCUCGCCAAACUCCGUGCUGCUGUUGAUGAUCUUCCAGUCGCCCUUGCUGUUCUAAAUGCAGGUGGUAUGUAUUCGUGUGAUAUUGUCAACCUCCAGCCGGAGAAGUUGGAAACUCAGAUUCGUCUGAAUGUUAUCCAACAAGUGAUGCUCUCACAGUACUUCGUGUCCCAUCACUUCGUUCCUCGUGGAAAGGGUCGUGUCUGCAUCAUCAGCUCUAUCGUUGCACAUGCUCUUGGAAGUGGUAACGCCUUCUACUACAGUUCGAAGUGCUUCCUUACCCAGUGGGGUAAAUGCCUUGACCAUGAGUGCCGUACUCUCGGUACUGGUGUUCUUACUAUCCAGCCUGGUGCCAUGAAUGAUACUAACUUCAGUGUUGCUGCUGGUUGCAAGGCAUCUCCUUUGUUCACCCUGUUCGACAUGCCCUCCGAGAAGUGCACUGAUGAGGUCGUCUGGAGGCUCCAGAAUGAUGAUCCUCGUAUUGCUACUGGUGUUCAUACCAUUGGCUUCAAGAAUCAGGUUUUGGUUGCCCUCGAACCUUGGCUUAGUGAUAGUUUUGCUGCCUGGGUUGGUAGGAUGGAAAUGCUCCAGCCUAAUACUCCCUAUCUCCGCAGUAUGAGUGCUAGAGAAAGCAAACUCGCCAUUCAUCAUCAGUAG